AUGUGGAUCAUAUCUCAUCUCGUAUUUACAGCUUAUGAACUGAUCCGAACAGAGUUGCCACACACUCCCAAACGAACACCACAAGGCCCCUUAUUUUUCUUUCUUUCUUUCUUUCUUUCUUUCUUUCUUUCUUUCUUUCUUUCUUUCUUUCUUUCCAUCUGUCUUUCAUUCUUUCUUUCUUUCUGUCUUCUUCUUCUUCUGAUUAUUUAUUUAUUCUCUGACUAUGGACAUUUCGACUGCUGUUAUCUACCGAGAAACCGUUUUUUUAUUAUGGUUAUACUAUGCUUUCUUCCAGUUGUCGUUCUCAUACCUUUUCAAUUUUUAUUCUUUUUUUCUUUCUUAUCAUUUCGGAUAUGUUUAUUUUCUUAUUGUCCUUCCUUUCUUUUUAAUUUUCUUUCUUUCUUUCAUUCUUUUCUUUCUUUUCUUUCUUUUUCAUUUAGGAUGUUUCUAUUCCCUUAUUGUUCUUCCUAUCUAUUUAAUUUCCUUUUGUCUUUCUUUCUUUCUUUUUAUAAUUUCGGAUGUUUCUAUUUUCUUAUUGUCCUUCCUUUCUUUUUAAUUUUCCUUUUUUCCUUCUUUCUUUCUUCCUGUUUACCGAUGGAAGUAUCUCCAACCCCGCCAGUGUCGGAUGUAUCCAGCUCCCCGAAAACCGCUAAGGCCUCAAAUCUCACCAGCACAAAAAUUGGUCAAACGGAGAAUUACUAG